UAAAACAUGAUAUUUUAAAAUUAUAAUAGACGAAAAAAUAAAAUUUUAUUAAUAGUGUACUCAAUUCUUUUUCCUUUAGAAUUAUUAAUCAUUUGGUCAAAAAUUACAUCUAAAUAUGACAUUUCUGAAGUGUAUUCAAUUUUUUUACCUGUUGUAUAACAUUGCACCUGUUAUUUCAAAUGUGGCAGUAAAGUAUGUUUCUGAAGUAACCCAGCUUAAUAGUAAUGGUAUUUUAUCUGUUAUUAUAUCACCACUAGAAUUCAAUCAUUACUUUAAUCCAGUCGCUAUAAACUGGAAAAAUGUAAUGCGAAGCAAAUUGGGAUUGGAAUUUAAUAUUAUGUCAGUGCAAAUUUUAGCGGAAAAUCGUCCUGCAAUACCUUUGAACCAUCCACAUGAUAUCUUUCUUCGUGAAACUAAAAAAGAAAAUUGUCUAUAUAGGGCUAUAUCUACCAUAUUAUGUGGGGACGAUCGGUAUCAUAAUGUUCUUAGACAUGAUAUUAUCAAUCAUUUAAGAGAAAAUCCUGCAUAUAUAUCGAGAUUAUUAGGUAGAUUCAAUAUUAUUGAUUACCUAUGGUAUCAUUUUGCUACAGAUCCAAGUAUGAAUAAAAAUGCCGAUGAUAUUGAAUUACUCGGAGCAGCUUUUUUCCUAGAUGUGUGUAUUUAUAAGUAUGAUUAUAUUUCUCAAGAAUGGAGCUUCUACUAUAAAGAUUGGCCCAACUAUAGACCCCUUCCAAUGGAACAACAAUGUAUUUACUUAGCGCAAGACAAUAACAAUUAUUAUAUUGUUAACAACGUUCGUGGUAUUGACGAAAACAAAAACUCUUUUUCGAAUUAAUUAUUGAUUAGAUAAUAUUAAUGAGUCCACUGUCUUAAAAUAAAAAAUAGCAAAAUAUUAUUAUGUGUAACACGUCGUAUUCAACUCGACAUUACUAAUGUUGAUAUAUUUACUUUUCUAAAUUGUAUUUUAUUAGUUAAUUAUUAUUACCAUUGUUGUUAUGAUUAAUGGUUAAGCAUAUUUAAUGUAUAUUAUCA